CUCAACACACCUUUGUAGGGAUGUGGUAUAAAGAGUAGGUGGCCAAUUUUGAUAGAAAGGAAACGGUUGAGGAGAAAGAGGGAUUUCCAGUCUUUAAUUGAAGAACUGUAGGCAGUGAUGGUAUGGACUCAGUAACAAAGAAAACCAAACGGGAUGGAACAGAAGUCACCGAAAGACUUAUUACAGAGUCAGUAACCACAAGACUGACGUCCUUACCACCAAAAGGAGGGAGCGGCACUGGGCACAAAACAGCCCACGGCGGAGGGAGUGGAAUGGAAAAGAGGACUUUCACCCAUGGCAGCAGCUACGUGACUUCAAGUGGAAGUGGUCGAAUGAAUUCGUCCUCCUCCUCCGGCUACAGGCAAACCCCUUCUCCCUGCUCUACUCUCCCCAAAUCACCUGGCUCAACCUUCGAAAGAAAAACCUAUGUCACCCGCAAUGCAACAUAUGAAGGGAGCUCCAGCGCAAAUUCUUCUCCUGAAUUCCCUAGAAAAGAGUUCGCAUCGUCCAACACCAGAGGGCGGAGUCAAAGCCGAGAGAGUGAAAUCCGAGUACGACUCCAGAGUGCUUCUCCCUCGACCAGAUGGACGGAGCUGGAUGAUGUGAAGCGUUUGCUAAAGGGGAGUCGAUCGGCCAGUGUCAGCCCCACACGAUCGUCAUCCAGCACUCUCCCCAUCCCCAAGAAAGCUGUAGUGGAAACGAAGAUGGUGACUGAGAGCUCACAGUCAGUGUCGGGGACGUACGACACAGCCAUACUGAAUGCCGCUCUCCCUCCAUACAUGUGGUCCUCCACCCUGCCUGCAGGGUCUUCCCUUGGCAGUUACCACAACAACAUGGCCCAGGGCUCUUCCCUGGUCAACACCAUGUCCCAUUCAACAGGAUCAGUGUUUGGAGUUCCAAAUAACCUGGCUCCCGGCUCUUCCACUCUGAACACAGGGCUGAGCAGUUCCUCAACAGUGUUUGGUGUUCAGAACAACCUGGCUCCAAGCUCUGCAGCCAUGACUCAUAGUGCAACCACAGCCUCCACAGUAUAUGGAGUGAAGAAAAACACUUCCCAGAGCACUGGUAUGGCUGGUAGCGGAGUGUGCACUUCAGCUGUUGGCAGCACUAUGAACUCCCAGAGCGACGACAUCCUGCGUAAAGACUGCAAGUUCCUGCUGCUGGAGAAAGAGAACGUCCCUGCCAAGAAGGAGAUGGAGCUCUUGAUCAUGACGAAGGACAGCGGCAAGGUCUUCAGUGCUUCCAGCACGGGCCUCAGUGGAACGUCCUUUGCGGAAGACACCUUGAAGAAAGAAAAGCAGGGCUUCUCUUCCUCUUACGCUGCAGACUCUUACCUGAAAUCUGAAACAAAUGGAGGACUAAAAUCCGUGUCAACAAAGGACAAAGCAACUUAUGCAGAAAUUGGAGGCGAUCAUGGAGGGGGAGGGAUAGGGGCAGCCCCAGCUUGGUGUCCCUGUGGUUCCUGCUGUAGCUGGUGGAAAUGGCUCCUGGGUUUGCUCCUGGCCUGGCUCUUGCUCCUUGGAUUGCUCUUCGGACUCAUCGCUUUGGCGGAAGAAGUGAAGAAGCUGAAAUCUCGUGUGGAAAACCUGGAGAAAACCCAAGCCAACUACCUGAUAAUUAAUCCACACGAUGGGGAUAUUAAGCAACAGUACCAAUUUUCUGAUGUUGGAAGAAGUCCAGACUAUGCUACAGGUUUCAGUCAUAAAGAUCAAGAGGCUCUCUGGCUGUUUAUGAGGAGCAAAAUGGCUUUGGAAAGAGGACAAGGUUUCUUCCGAGGGGAGAAAGGGGAACCUGGUCUGAAAGGCGACAUGGGAAUGAAAGGUCCCAAAGGAGAUCAAGGACUUCCUGGUGCACCAGGCGUCCCAGGUUCGAUUGGGCACCCAGGACCUGAGGGACCAAAAGGACAGAAAGGCAGCAUGGGUGAUCAUGGCAUGGAGGGACCCACAGGCCAAAGAGGGCGAGAAGGGCCACCAGGGCCUCGUGGGGAACCUGGACUACCUGGAUUUGGGGAGAAAGGAGACAGAGGUGCUGUUGGUGAUCAGGGACCUGCAGGACCGCCUGGGCCACCAGGGUCUGUUGGCCUCAAAGGCAUGACAGGUUCUCCUGGCCCACAAGGUCCACCUGGUUCUCCUGGUCUUCAAGGAUUUAGAGGUGAAGCAGGUCUCCCGGGGGCCAAAGGUGAGAAAGGAGCUUUGGGAGCACCGGGACCCAAAGGUGACCAUGGAGAGAAAGGACCUCGUGGUCUGACAGGCGAGCCAGGCUCAAGAGGAUUGCCUGGUCUUCCAGGGGAGCCAGGAGCUAAAGGAUCCGUAGGUCCAGCUGGCCCUGAUGGACACCAAGGCCCAAGAGGGGAACAAGGUCUCAUGGGAAUGCCAGGAUUGCAAGGACCGCCUGGACCCACUGGAGAUGCAGGACAACCAGGUCUCACAGGACCGCAGGGACCCCCAGGUAAGACUCCCAGCAACCCCGGUCGACCAGGGCUAAAGGGUGAACCUGGUGCUCCCGGCCGAGUUAUAACUGCUGAGGGUUCAUCGACUAUUGCUCUCCCUGGCCCUCCAGGCCCACCAGGGGCAGUCGGCCCACCGGGCCCACCUGGUGUCCCAGGUCCUGUUGGGCCAGCUGGUCUCCCCGGACUGCAAGGUCCACGUGGCGAGAGAGGGCUCGCAGGUGAAACCGUUAUGGAAACCAUCAGAUCAGAAGUUGCAACUUCAUUAUCUCAAAUUUCAUCAGAUUUACUGGGACGAGCAGGCCCCCCCGGCCCUCCAGGACCCCCAGGUGCUUCCAUCCAGGGACCACCUGGACCUCGCGGCCCAGCAGGAGAAGGAUUACCAGGCCCACCAGGCCCACCAGGCAGACCAGGUUCCUUCGUGCCCAACUCAGAAACAUUCUUCGCAGGCCCACCAGGUCCACCAGGCCCACCAGGGCCAAAGGGAGACCAAGGUUCACCGGGCCCACGAGGAUUCACAGGUGAACCAGGUCAGCCUGGCCUCCCAGGAAUCUCUGCUUCAGGUGCUGGAGUUGCCAUCCAGGGACCUCCCGGACCUGCAGGGCCUCGAGGACCCAAAGGAGACAAAGGUGAUGCAGGCGUGCCAGGGGCUCCCGGCAUCCCAGGAGCGUCUUCAACAGGCGGAUCUUCAAACUCAAGACACAGCCAGGGUCCACCAGGUCCUCCCGGCCCUCGCGGUCCCCCAGGCCCAGCUGGAAGCUCACUGCAGGAGAUUCAGCAGUACGUUGCCGAGUACUUGCAGAGUGACACCAUUGGGCGUUAUCUGAUUGGACCUCAAGGCCCACCCGGACCCCCCGGGCCACCAGGAAUCAUCACCACCAUUGACGGACAAUCCUUGGACUAUGCCGAGCUGGCCAAGCGUGUUAUGAGCUCCAUGACGAGCUCCGGUUACAAUAUUGAGAUGUCAAGCUCUUCGUCUUCCUCCUCCUCAAGAUUCCUGACUUACGAAGACAUCCUGGCCAUGCUGCAGAGAGAAGAAGUCCGUCAGUAUCUAGUUGGACCACAGGGGCCCCCAGGCCCGCCUGGACCCGGAGGAGAUGGCUUGGCUCUAUCACUGAACUAUGACGAGUUGACCAGCCGGGUUAUAAGCUACAUAACAAAUAAUGGACUCAGUAUUGGGCUCCCAGGACCCCCAGGUCCUCCAGGAUUACCUGGCACAUCUUACAGUGACCUCAUAGCUUUACUCCAAGGCUCUGAAUUUAGUGGCAUUGUUGGACCGCCAGGGCCACAGGGACCCCCUGGAGUUCCAGGAGCCCCUGGAAUCCCCGGAAUGCCAGGCAGCUCCCUCUCCACGUUCAGCCUAGAGGAUGUCACCUCUUACCUGCAAAGUGUGGGAUACGCUUCCGUCUCUGGACCACCAGGACCCCCAGGACCUCCAGGGCCACCAGGGCCACCAGGUCUGUCAGGAACUGGCCACUUCUCCUACACUGACAACGUGCUGAGCGACACAUUUAGGAGCGAGCUGAUCCAAUAUCUAACCAGUGAUGAUGUUCUAAGGUUCAUCUCGGGGCCUCCCGGGCCUCCAGGGCCUAUGGGCCCACCAGGGCCAAAAGGAGAUAGCGGCCUCAUGGCUGGGUCCUAUGGAGGAUCCUUGGGUGCAGGCGGAUCAUAUGAUGGAUCCCUGGGUGCAGGAGGAUUGUACGGUGGCGCCAUGGGCAGCGAUGGGUCGUAUGGUGGCUCAAUGGGUGCAGGUGGAUCGUACAGCGGAUCCCUGGGAGCAGAAAGAGCAGAGAGGCGAUCCAUGAGUUCGAGCGGAUCCUACAGCGAGUCAUUCGUCGGAUCGCUGGAUUACAAUGAGCUGGCACUUCGGGUGUCGGAGAGCAUACAGAGCCGAGGCCUCCUCCGGGACAUGGUCACUUACGCCACACAAGGGCCACCAGGACCCCCGGGGCCGCCUGGGAUCAGCAGGGUGUUUGCAAACUAUGGCAACGUCACCGAGGACCUCGUGGACUUCUUCAGAACAUAUGGUACCAUCCCAGGGCCACCUGGUCCAAAGGGAGAGAUGGGCUACCCAGGGCCCAAAGGUGAGACUGGACCAAUGGGGCCUCCAGGACCCCAAGGACCCAGGGGCCCGAAGGGGGAGAAAGGAGAGAAAGGUGAACAAGUAUUUGUUGGCAGAAGAAAAAGAAGAAGCGUUGGGGUCUAAGUUAAGCACCAGGAUCAGUAUUCCAUACCGGGGGAUCCACAGCCACCAUUUUGGAAUCCAAUAGAGACUUAGCCUGAGUCUUUAUUGGCUUCCUGUUAGAACACCUUCCUAGUCAGUCAACUAACCACAUAGACUUGGUAGUUCAGGAUGUGUCUUUUCUUUUUAUUUGAUGUUGUUGGGCUUUGAAUGACUCUAGUUUGUACGUGUCCAACACAGAACUACCAGGUGGGAAUAUGCUCCCAUUCGUUUGCAGUGUAUUAACCCUACACACGCUGUCCGCUGAUGAGAAGUGUAUCCAAGUUCCCGCAUUCAUAUAUUAGGUCUUGUAAGGAUUUCCUUUGUCACCAAUCCAAGUGUCUUGCAUUAGUGCCAGACUUAAAUACAGUGAAACCUGCUUUAACCAACUACUCAAGCCUCCUGGAAAAGAAAAAUCCAGCAUCCUGGAGAUUAAGGCGGCAAGCAGUUUUUCUGAAAUCAGAAUCUGAGUCAAUGCUUUGAACUGAAGCUUGGACAAAAGUGAAGUAGGUUGUCUCAAG